AUGGGAAUUUUGGUUAUGAAAUCCAUCUUAUCAUACUCACUUUUCAUUGCAAUUUUCAGCUUUUCUUUAGGGUUGGGGUUGCAGCAGGAAUGGAAUGAGACUAAUAGGUUUGCACUGCUACCCUUCAAAGCUCAGAUAAACCAGGAUCCUCAUCAAGUCAUGAGCUCCUGGAAUGAAUCCACUCACUUCUGCCAAUGGCAUGGUGUCACCUGUGGUCGGCGACAUCGUCAGAGGGUCACUGCACUGGACCUACAAUCCCAAAAUUUGGGGGGUUCCAUAUCUCCACACAUAGGUUUUCUGGUCUCUUUACUCCUUCCAUCUAUCAUCUCUGGUCUCCAAACUUUUGAUGUAACGCAAAACCAACUUCAAGGAAGCGUUCCCUCAAACUUUGACAAAACACUUCCGAAUCUCUUAUACUUUAGCAUCGGCGCCAACCAGUUCACUGGAUCCAUUCAUCUCUCGAUAUCCAAUGCUACAAGUCUAGUGGAUUUCGUAGUUGCAGAUAACAAACUGACCGGAGGGGUGCCAAAUCUUCAAAAGCUUCACAACCUCCAAAAAUUCAGCAUUUUCCCGAACCAACUUGAAAGCAAUGAACCGGGUGACUUGAGGUUUGUGUCAGACUUAACUAAUGCCACGGAACUGAUAUGGUGCAUUUUCAGUGAUAACAAUUUCGAAGGGACGUUGCCCGCUUCAAUAUCCAAUCUGUCAAAACUUGAAAUACUUCAGCUUACAAAGCUUGGGGUAUUGUAUGGUCAAGACAAUGAACUAACAGGGAGCAUUCCUUUGUCUUUAGGAAAUUUAACCAAGUUAACUGAACUCACAUUGCAACGAAAUAAUCUUCAGGGAGGCAUCCCUUUGAGCUUAGGGGAGUGCCACGGGCUUCUAGAAUUAGAUCUUUCUCAAAAUAACCUUGAUGGUAAACUAGACUUUUCUGAUAACAGGUUAUCAGGAAACCUUCCAAGUAGCCUUGGUAGUUGUGUGAGUUUAGAAGUCCUGCACUUGCAAGGUAACUUCUUCAAUGGGACCAUUCCAUCAUCUAUGAGUUCACUAGGAGGGAUUCAAGAUUUAGACCUUUCUCGCAAUAAUUUGUCAGGUGAAAUUCCACAGUUUUUAGAGGGCUUUCGCGGCUUGAAGAAAUUGAAUCUAUCUUUCAAUGAGUUUUGGGGAGCAGUACCAGUCGAUGGAGUUUUCAAAAAUGCAACUGCAACUUCGGUUGUUGGAAACAGUAGGCUUUGUGGCGGUAUUGAGGAUCUCCGGCUUUCCAUAUGCAACUCCAACGAGACUAAGGGAAGAGCUUUGGGUCUGUGUACAAAUGAGUUCUUGACAAUGAUAGAGCUCAACUUGUUGCUGUGA